AUGCUUAAUGCCCCAACGACCCUUCGGAGCCGACUUCGUCCCCAGCGGGAGCCAACACGUGCCGGGACGUUGGGCGCCUUCCUGGUAUCACCCAUCACCAGUGUCACACUUGACACCCAGCCCCGCCAUGCCAGGGAUGAUGAUGGUGGCAGCGCUCCCCAGUUUCCACAACCCCCAGCCAAUGGCCACCUCCCAGCCGGGGUGGUGACUAAAGUCCUUCCCACAACCAUAAAACCCCUCGCGCGGUGGACAAUCGCCACCAGGGAACACAUCGCUGCAGGAUGGGGACCCGCUCGGGAGACCUGCUCAGCCCCAGAAUGGGAACUCCACCCUGGCCCCUGCCAGCCCCCAGCACCUCCCUGGGAAGGAGCAGCCCGCAGUGGGCAGGCCCCCUGGGGAAAGCCGGGGAUCAGCUGUGCCCCCUGCACGCCAGGACCCAGGUUGGGCUCUGGGUCUCCCCGGCCAGAGGUGGAUAUGCUCUACAGGAUCGAGGACGUGCCCCCCUGGUACCUCUGCAUCCUGCUUGGCUUCCAGCACUACCUGACCUGCUUCAGCGGCACCAUCGCUGUCCCCUUCCUGCUGGCCGAGAGCCUGUGUGUGGGCAAGGACCAGCUCACCGUCAGCUACCUCAUCGGCACCAUCUUCACGUGUGUCGGCAUCACCACCCUCAUCCAGACCACCGUGGGCAUCAGGCUGCCCCUCUUCCAGGCGAGCGCCCUGGCCUUCCUUGUCCCCGCCAAGUCCAUCCUUGCCCUGGAGAAGUGGCGAUGCCCGCCUGAAGAGCAGAUCUAUGGCAACUGGACGCUGCCUCUUGACACCGCUCACGUCUGGCAGCCCCGCAUGCGGGAGAUCCAGGGGGCCAUCGUGGUGUCCAGCCUGGUGGAGGUGGUCAUCGGGCUGCUGGGGCUCCCCGGGGCACUGCUCAGCUACAUCGGGCCCCUGACCGUCACCCCCACCGUCUCCCUCAUCGGCCUCUCCGUCUUCCAGGCGGCCGGCGAGCGGGCCGGCUCCCACUGGGGCAUCGCUGCGCUGACCAUCUUCCUGAUCAUCCUAUUUGCCCAGUACCUGCGGCACAUCCCCAUCUGCCUGCCCGGCUACCGGCGGGGCCGCGGCUUCGUCCUGCUCCACAUCCACAUCUUCAAGUUGUUCCCAAUCAUCAUGGCCAUCAUGGUGGUGUGGCUGCUCUGCUACCUGCUGACACGCACCGCUGUCUUCCCCAGCGAGCCCGAGGCCUACGGCUACAAGGCCAGGACAGACGCCCGGGGAGAGAUCCUGUCCGUGGCACCCUGGUUUCGGGUCCCCUACCCCUGCCAGUGGGGUCUGCCCACGGUGACCUCUGCAGCAGUGCUGGGCAUGUUCAGUGCCACGCUGGCAGGCAUCAUCGAGUCCAUUGGGGACUACUACUCCUGUGCCCGGCUGGCGGGAGCCCCCCCGCCCCCUGUGCACGCCAUUAACAGGGGCAUUUUCACUGAGGGCAUCUCCUGCAUCAUCGCGGGGCUGCUGGGGACCGGCAACGGCUCAACCUCCUCCAGCCCAAACAUUGGUGUCCUGGGCAUCACCAAGGUGGGGAGCAGGAGGGUGAUCCAGUACGGGGCUGGCAUCAUGCUGGUGUUGGGAACCAUCGGCAAGUUCACGGCACUGUUUGCCUCCCUGCCUGACCCCAUCCUUGGCGGAAUGUUCUGCACCUUAUUUGGCAUGAUCACGGCCGUCGGCCUCUCCAACCUGCAGUUUGUUGACAUGAACUCCUCCCGCAACCUCUUCGUGCUGGGUUUCGCCAUGUUUUUCGGACUGACGCUGCCCAGCUACCUGGAUUCUCACCCCAAGGCCAUUAACACAGGUGUCCCCGAGCUGGACCAGAUCCUGACAGUGCUGCUGACCACAGAGAUGUUCGUUGGGGGCACCAUUGCCUUCAUCCUGGACAACACCAUCCCAGGGACGCAGGAGGAGCGUGGGCUGGUGCAGUGGAAGGCAGGAGCCCACUCAGACAGCAGGUUCCAGUGCCAGCCUGAGGAGCUACGACUUCCCUUCGGGAUGAGCGCGGUGAGGAGGAGCCAGUGGCUGAAGCCACGUGCCCAUCUGCCCCCCUGUUCACCGGGUUUCAAGGCCCGGGAGAAGGGCAGCGAGGCGGCGGCUGCAGACCUGCCAGAUAGUGCAGAUGGGCUCUCUGUCUGCACCAAGGUCUGAGCCAGGGGAGGGCUCAGGCCCCAGUGCUGGAUGCAGCCAAGCCGAGCUCCCACGGGUGCUGUCAGUGUUUGUCAGCACCACCAAG